AUGUCGGGACCGGAGCCCCCAAUGGCCUCGAUUGAUCGCUUGCGCAUCCAUGCUCGCCUCUAUCACCGUCGUAAGACUGACAAGCCAGCUGCGAUCAGCACAUACUGGGAGAAAGCGGACUGUGCCGACCAGUCAGACCUCCGAAGGCUCGCAGCCCCGGUGGCGUCCUGGAUCGCCUUCGGCCCUCCGGGUCGGAUUCCGACGGUAGAAGAGCUCCAGCUAGUGACGAAGUUCAUGAACAAGAUGGAUGGUGGGUUGUUGCCCUCUCGGUUGAGCGAUGUCCUAUGUGAGAUGAAGCGCCGGCUCCAGUCUCUGCCUAGGCAGGCCGAUGAGGCCUGGAAUGGGGCAGAGAAGCGGCUGCAGAAAAGCCAUCGGAAGCUGCACCGCCGCUGCAGGGAAUCCGAAACCGACACAGUGGUUGUCGCUGCCGAUGCUGAGAUCGCUGGUGCUGAGUUGCGAGCCGAGCAGGAUGUAGCCCUGCAAGUCCGUGACACGGACGAUUCCGGAUCCCCCAGUGCAUCUGCCCAGUCUGAUCAACACCUCAUGCUGUUUCGCAAGAUGAACGAGUGGGGCUUUCUGGACAACGCUCAGAAGCUAGAGCGCUUGCAGCAGGCCGAGGAAGCAUCAAGGCACUCACGAAGGAGCUUGAGCCAGGAAGAACUAGCAGAUGUGCUCAGCACGGCGGCAGCUUGUCUUGCAGCUCCGCGCAGACAUGCGAGGCUGCAGGAUGCUGAUGCUAAAGGACUAGGCGACGUCAGAACUGCUUCGGAAUCGCAGGAUCCGACAGUGGAUGUGCAAAAACGAGUUCGGUCGUUGUUGCUGCAUGCUCUGCGUGUGUGGCAGAUGAACCAAUUCGAUUGUCAAGCCAUCGAGUAUGUCUUGGACUUCGUGCAACAGAAGAUCAGCAAAUUCGAGAAUAAGGUUGGGGAGAUUCAAGGUGCUGCUGCGGGGAAGGCUUGGCUGAAAAUUAAGCAGAUGAUUGACGAGUUGCUGCUGCGGGAAGGGUCGCCCUCGGACCCGGAUGUCAAAGGUGCAACAAAAGCCCGAGCAGAAGCUGCUGGCAAGGUCAAUGUACGACAGGAGCGCCAGAGCGGACUCCAGAACAUUAACUGGGAAGCGCAGAGACGUUGCUGGAGAUGCCAAUGGAGGUAUAGAGAAGAUGGUAUUUACAAAGCGACAGCUCGCUCGUUUCCAAUUGCCAAGUUCCUUGAGCAGGGCCUUGGUGAGGAGGCAGCAGUCGAGGCCGCGCUGCAGGAAGCCAAGGCCUACCGCGAGGAGCUCGUGCGCCAGGGCAAGGUGAAACCCCCGAAACCGAAGGGUCCCAGCUCAACUGUCAGGGGCGUUUCUUUUCACCAAGGGCAAAAAAUGUGGUUUGUGAGGUUCUACGAUGCCGCCGAAAGCAAGUAUGUUCACCAUGGUUCCUUCGAUUCCAAGGACCAAGCCGAAGUCAAGGCCCGGGAGAUAGCCAGGCAGCUCGGGGUUCCAUCAGAAUACGAGGUGCGGCCGGCGAAGAGACAGAAGCAGAGCUGA